UUUAUCCGGCUUCAGUUGUAUCGAAAGGUUAAGCAAAUACAAUCAUAAAACGAAUAAUCAUGAUGGAAAUAUUGUCACUGCACAAAUUCGAUUCUCCUGCCGACGAUGAAUCAAUUACUGUCGCUCUUAUAGAAGACAUUUUACGUCAUUGUAAUUAUGAAAAUCUAACAGAUGAAUUGCAACCCUUCUCCAAAUAUUUGCGUGAAUAUCCAGAGGUUUCUAUUACUCCUGAUAUUCUUGCCACACGUGAAACAGCAUGUACAGUUUCUGCUGGAGAUUUAUUUUUACCAGUUCAUGACAGCAUUUUUAAGAAAGUUGCUAGUAUAUUCAGAGAAAAAGGGUUUGUUGAAGCUAUUUGUCUGGCUGAAUCUGCGGAACCACAAGAAAUUACACCAGUUUUACAUUGGGUAGCUACAAGACUUAAAUGGGUUUUAGAUCUAAUGGAUAAAGGAAUAUAUCAAAGAGAAACUUUACCUGCUUCUGGAUCUGGGUCAAUUACAGAUGUUGUUCACACAAGAGAUUGGGAAACAUCUCUUAUCAGAUGUCUUGCAUGGCAUCCACAUUGUGCACGAUUGGCAGUAGUUACAAGAGAUGAUCGCAUACGUAUGUUUUCUCAAGAAAUACCAGUAGUACCAAUUUUAAGACAUGGUGCUCAAAAGUCUGUUUGCUGCAUAAGUUGGAGACCACUCUCUGGCAAGGAACUAGCAGUAGCAUGUCACGCUGGUGUUUUAGUUUGGACGAUAGAAAUAGGAGCAGCCAGUAAUUUUCUCAGUCAUGCGGUAUUGUUAAAACAAAGAAAUCAUGCUCCUGUAACAAGUGUUACAUGGCAUCCACAGGGUGAUCUACUGGUAUCUUGCUCACCAGCAGAUACACGUAUGAUUAUUUGGGAUACUUCUAGGAAGGAAGGUGUACCAUUGAGACGAGUUGGAGGUGAUGGCUUAUGCUUUAUACGUUGGUCAUCAUGUGGUUCUCGAUUAUUUUCAGCUUCUUGUAGAAAUAUAUUUAGAGUUUGGAACACGGGAGUAGCAACGACAUGGCACGCAGAUAAAUGGACAGUGCCUAAUGGUCGCGUAGCAGUUGCAUGUUUUGGUCCAAAUUUGACUUUAUUAUUUGCAUCAAAUGAAGAUCCUGCUACAAUCUUUUCUUUACCUCUACAGGAAAACAUUUUUAACAUUAAGAAACCAUCCCUUGAUGAUGCAAAAAUGGCUAUACCUCUGAUAGAUUUAGCAAGAGUUAAUUUUGCGUCGGAUGGUGAUUACGUUACUGUUGGCGGAAGAGUAAUUGCAAUGGAAUGGGAUCCUACAGGAAGAUAUCUUGCUAUCCUCUUUCAGGACAGUCCAUGCAUUGCACUAAUUAAAACCAAACUGGGAAAUCUGUCGCUCGUGAUUGAAGUUAAACCAAGUUGUCUUAUUAAAGGAUUUCCGGGAGAAGUUCCGAAUUGUAUGAACUUCUAUCAGAAGUGUAAAGCAGGGCAAAACAAUAUAGUUUGUUUAACAAUUGCUUGGAGUAGCGGUCGUAUUCAACAUUUUCCAAUAGUCGAGAAAGAAACUGUUCCUACUAUGAACACAAGUACAUCACUUUUAUCGCAUUCAUUUUCGUUAUCGCGCGACACAUAUAAUUUUGAUUUGAAUUCUUAUUGUUUAUGA